UCUUCCGGUUCUGCCUUUGAUGUUCUGUGAAUGUUGGAACAGCAGCAAGCGUAGCUGCUAGAUAGCUAGGCUGGUCUGCUUGCAGCUGUCGCCAUGGUGAUGAAGUCAUCAGUGGAAGAGGACGAUGCUGGGUGGGGGCUUGGUAUUCCUGAAAAGAUGAAGAACAAUGCAAACUGGGUGGAUAUCACACAGGACUUCAAAGGGGCCUGCAAAGAACUCAACCUUGGAGAGCUGCUCCAUGAUAAACUGUUUGGGCUGUUUGAGGCCAUGUCUGCUAUUGAGAUGAUGGACCCAAAGAUGGAUGCCGGAAUGAUUGGCAACCAGGUCAACAGGAAGGUGUUGAACUUCCAGCAAGCGGUCAAGGAUGGAGCCAUCAGGGUGAGAGACCUCAGUUUGCCUGAGCUCAUUGGAGUCAUGGACACCUGUUUUUGCUGCCUGAUCACCUGGCUGGAGGGCCACUCUCUGGCCCAGACUGUGUUCACGUGCCUGUACGUCCACAACCCCGACCUCAUCGAGGACCCUGCCAUGAAAGCCUUCGCCUUGGGCAUUCUGAAAGUCUGUGACAUUGCGCGCGAAAAGGUCAACAAGGCAGCUGUGUUCGAGGAGGAGGAUUUCCAGGCGAUGACAUACGGCUUCAAAAUGGCAAACAACGUGACGGAAAUGCGUGUGACAGGCAUGCUGAAGGAUGUUGAGGAUGACCUCCAGAGGAGAGUGAAGAGCACACGCAGUCGCCAGGGGGAGCAGCGUGAUCCGGAGGUAGAGCUGGAGCAUCAGCAGUGCCUGGCCCUCUUCAGCAGGAUCAAAUUCACACGUCUUCUGCUGACCGCACUGAUCGCCUUCACCAAGAAAGAGACCAGCUCAGUGAGCGAGGCGCAGAAGCUCAUGGCUCAGGCAGCUGACCUGCUCCCAGCCAUCCACUCCACCAUCUGCCACGGCAUCCAGUCCCAGAACGACACCACCAAAGGAGAUCACCCCAUAAUGAUGGGAUUUGAACCACUGGUCAACCAGAGACUGCUUCCUCCCACUUUCCCUCGCUAUGCCAAGAUCAUUAAGAGAGAGGAGAUGGUCAACUACUUCAGUAAAUUGAUUGAGCGCAUCAAGACGGUGUGCGAGGUCAUCAACACCACCAACCUGCACGGCAUUCUGGACUUUUUCUGUGAGUUCAGCGAGCAGUCACCGUGUGUUCUUUCCCGGUCGUUACUACAGACCACCUUUCUGAUCGAUAAUAAGAAAGUGUUUGGGUCCCAUCUCAUGCAGGACAUGAUCAAAGACGCACUGAGGCAUUUUGUGAGCCCCCCGGUCCUUUCUGCCAAGUGCUGUCUGUAUAAUAACCACCAGGCUAAGGACUACAUUGACUCAUUCGUCACGCACUGCUCCAGGCCCUUCUGCAGCCUCAUUCAGAUUCACGGGCACAACCGCGCCAGACAGAGGGACAAGCUGGGACACAUCCUGGAGGAGUUUGCCACAUUGCAGGAUGAGGCAGAGAAGGUGGACGCAGCCCUGCACAGUCUCCUGAUGAAGCUGGAGCCUCAGCGGCAGCACCUGGCCUGUCUGGGAACCUGGGUGCUGUACCACAACUUGCGCAUCAUGAUCCAGUACCUGCUGAGUGGCUUUGAGCUGGAGCUCUACAGCAUGCACGAGUACUACUACAUCUACUGGUACCUUUCGGAGUUCCUGUAUGCCUGGCUCAUGUCAACACUGAGUCGGGCUGACAGCUCUCAGAUGGCUGAGGAGAGAAUCUUGGAAGAACAGCAGAAGAGUCGCAGCAGCAAGAAGGGCCGGAAGAAGAAGAAGAGUGAGACACGGCCAUUGAGCAAAGAGAUUACCAUGAGUCAAGCCUACCAGAACAUGUGUGCUGGCAUGUACAAGACAAUGAUUGCAUUGGACAUGGAUGGGAAGGUGCGGAAGCCGCAGUUUGAGCUGGACAGUGAGCAAGUGCGCUAUGAGCACCGGUUCGCCCCGUUCAACAGCGUGGUCACGCCCCCUCCAGUACACUACAUCCAGUUUAAGGAAAUGUCUGACUUGAAGAAGUACAGCCCUCCCCCUCAGUCAGCUGAUCUAUACCUAGCAGCGAGUAAACACUUCCAGCAGGCCAAGCUGAUUCUGGAGAACGUGCCCAGCCCAGACCCGGAGGUGAAUCGAAUCCUUAAAGUGGCCAAACCCAAUAUUGUGGUGAUGAAGCUGCUUGCAGGGGGCCACAAAAAGGAGACGAAGGUUCUUCCGCAGUUUGAUUUCUCAGCGCACAAAUACUUCCCUGUGGUGAAGAUAAUCUGAGCCGUUGUGUCCCUGGAUGCUGGACCUCACUUCCUGCCUGAGCAGUUUGUGAAUGCUGUGAUGUUCAUGAAUAAGAGAUUAAAGAGCAUUUGGCA